GGCCGAAGUUCGCCGGCCCUUUUGGUCUCUAGGUCACUUCCCAGCUAACCGGGGUGAAGAUGAAUGUCCGGAAUGCAAGGCCGAAUGACUUAUUGAAUAUGAGGGACUGCAACCUAGACUGUUUGCCUGAAAAUUACCAGAUGAAAUACUACUUUUAUCAUGGGCUAUCGUGGCCCCAACUCUCCUACGUUGCAGAAACUGAUAAUGGAGAGAUAGUUGGCUAUGUCCUGGCUAAAAUGGAAGAAGACCCAGAGGAUGUUCCAUAUGGACACAUUACAUCUUUGGCUGUUAAACGCCCAUACCGACGUCUGGGUAUUGCUCAAACCCUAAUGAAUCUUGCAUCACGAGCCAUGGUAGAGAACUUUCACGCCAGAUAUGUCUCUUUGCACGUUCGGAAAAGUAACAGAGCUGCGCUAACGUUAUACAAGAAGACACUACAAUUUGUGUAGGCAUCUUUUUGUCUAGCUUUCGUUUACCUCUUUAGAGUUUCAGAUAUCGAACCUAAAUAUUAUGCAGACGGUGAGGAUGCUUAUGCUAUGAAGAGAGAUCUUAAAACAUUAUGGGAUAAGUACGGCCCUGCUGAUGUUCCUUUUAAAGAAACAAAGGGAAAAAACGCUCAAUAAAACCCUGACCAAUAAAUUUAUACUUUCAAAGUGUAUUUUGUGCUCAUUUCAAAGGGAAUGGUGCUAAGUUUACUAUUUGAUAGUGCACAGGAUGAAUAUUUUCGCAUAAUGAAUUUACAGCCUGAUCUUGGUUCCAUCAGUAUGUGUAACUCCCUGUAUUACGGCUGUUGGACAAAAUGUUCAGGAUAAAACCGAUUGAUAUUGGUGAGGUAGUUGAGCACCUAUCGAAAAGUCAUACCGCUGUUGUGUGGUUGGUAGUCGAUGAAAUCCCACGACAAACAAUACUCAGUUUGUUUACUGAUAAUAAUAAAGCGAGUGAUAUGAUAAGAUUUGAGACAUGCAAUCAAACAAAAAUCCCUACAAAACCAAUACUUCAAAACAUAUGUCUACCUGUCUGUUUACCCAUUAUAUUACCAUUCACUGUUUUGCAGUAACUUGAACCUACAUGGCUGCGUAGGAGUUUUCUACUUUGGUGUCUGUCUCACCCUUGUCUUUCUAGCAGUGACCAUAUCCAGUGCAACUACCAUGUAAGGACUGUUGUUUUGGAAAGAGGAUUGGGCUUUUCGGUGAAAUUGUAAAGUGAUAUUGGUCUUUAUAGAUAGAAAAUGUAUUAUACAUACCCAUCAGUUGUGUGCCUCGACAUUCACUGUCAAUUUAAGUACGGUUAGUGUCAAAAAACAGUGGAUGACUAUGUAGACGAAUAAUAGAUAUACUUCGUGUUAGUAACUGUUUCCUUGAAGCAUUUUCAGGAACAUGUGCCUCCUGGUUGGCAUUCAUGAGAUGAAGGAAACUAGGGCUGUAUAACUCAUGGUAAUAUGGUUUGAUAUGGGCUGUGUAUGCACGGAAACACUUAUGUGUCUAAUUAAAUGCUGUAUCUUCCUAGUAUUUAUCUUAUCCUUUGUGCAACUGUCUGAAUGAGACCCUUUCCCUUCGGAUUCUUUCUAUAUUUUCUGUACUAUUCCUGUCACUCUUGGAACUUGACAUUCUCCCCGUAGUCGUUAUUUGUUUUCCCGCGGAUAUUCGGUGGAGUCAGUGUAUUUAGUUAUUGUUUGCUCUUCCGUUUUUUCUUGUUAGUGUGGUCUUUCUUAUCAGCUCCACUCAUUUGCCAUCGGGUGUUAUUUGUAAUUUUUCUCAAUAUUUUUUCGAUGUUGUUUUACGUUGUUUGCUUUAUAAGUCAUGAGAGAAUUCUUUGUAUCACCAGGGAAGGUUGACACGCUUUCUUUCAACACUAUCACUCGCUGCCUGCAUAUAUUCAUUAUAAUUCUUUAAUUUUUCUUCGAACAUUGGUUGUUUUGUACGGAUUUAGUUUGAUUGGUUGUAAAAUUUCGUCACUAGAUGACAUUGGUUAUGGAACUAUUGUAAAACCUGCAGGGAGUUCUGCACAGUUGUUUCGUCUUAGUUUGGCACUCCUUAGGAGUACACACCCACCAGGUUUCGAACCCAUGACCUUCUUGUUAGUAGUCCAGCUCUUAGACCAUUAAGCCACUGGGACCCGGUCCACUGGCCGACCCAUGAAUUCUAACUUCCGCGAAUUUACAACAUAACGUGACC